AUGCUUCCUCGGGACGAAACUAGUGUUUGUUUGGAAGAGAAAGUGUCAUGUGAAAUCAGAGAGUCGCCUUCAAUGAUGUGGAAGAGGUCGAUUGUGCAAGCGAAGGCUGGUUACACACGCGCCUCGGCGGCUGUGGCGCUUGCUCUCGCUGUCUUUAUCGCUACCUGCGGCGGGGCGCGCGGCGCGGACCUGGUGAUCGAGAUCCCGGGCUGGGGCGCGGCGGGCGCGGAGGGCGCGCACUACCGCCUGGACUACCGGCCGCCGCAGGGCUCGCCCGCGCCCAACUACACCGUGCCCGCGCGCGCCUCCACCAUCAACUUCCAGGGCCUGCCCGGCACCAAGUAUCACUUCAUGCUCUACUACUCCAACGCGACCUUCGCGGACCUGCUCACGUGGAACCAGACCAUCAUCACCGCUCCGGAGCCGCCGACGAACCUCACGGUGACGCUGGGCCGCAACAAGCAGGCCACCAUCUCGUGGUCGCCGCCCGCACACGGCGACUACACCGGCUUUCGCUUUAAGGUGAUCCCGCUGUGGGAGCGCGCGGAGGGCGGCGCGCGCAACAUCUCGGUGGAGGGCAGCGGCAACUGGACGCACGUGCUGCGCGAGCUGGCGCCCGGCGCCACCUACCAGCUGCACGCCUUCACGCUGCUGCACGACAAGGAGAGCGCCGCCUACACGUCCUACAACUUCACCACCAAGCCGAACACUCCGGGCAAGUUCAUAGUGUGGUUCCGGAACGAGACGACGCUGCUGGUGCUGUGGCAGCCGCCCUACCCGCCCGGCGCCUACACGCACUACAAGGUGUCCAUCGAGCCGCGCGACGCGCGCGACUCGGAGCUGUACGUGGAGAAGGAGGGCGAGCCGCCCGGGCCGGCGCAGGCCGCCUUCAAGGGGCUGGUGCCGGGCCGCGCCUACGACAUCUCCGUGCAGACCGUGUCCGACGACCAGCUGUCGGCGCCCACCACGGCGCAGUACCGCACCGUGCCGCUGCGGCCGCGCAACGUGACCGUGCCGCCGCGCUCGCUGGCCGAGACGUCCUUCCGCGUCACCUGGCUGCCGCCCGCCGAGCUCAGCGAGUUCGAGAAGUACCAGGUGUCGCUGGCGGCGGGCGCGGGCGCGGGCGCGCGGCGCCUGCCGCCGCAGCUGCGCGCGCGCGACGAGCCGCCCGCCUGCGCCUUCGACGGGCUGGAGCCCGGCGCGCACUACUCCGUCACCGUCAAGACCAUGUCCGGCAAGGUCACCUCGUGGCCCGCCACCGCCGACCUGACGCUCAAGCCGCUGCCCGUCCGGAACCUGCAGGGGCGCUCCGUCGAGACGGAGGAGGGGAGCGGCGUCUUCCUGUGGUGGAAACCGGCCGAGGGGAGCACCCAGGACGAGUACAAGGUGUCGUACCACGAGACGGGCCCCUCGCGCGACGACAGUAACACGCUGACCACCGCUAACACCAACGUGACGCUGGAGGCGCUGCUGCCCGGCCGCAACUACACCGUCACGGUGGCGGCCGUGUCCCGCGGCGUGGAGUCCAACGAGAGCGUAUUCCAAGUGGCCACGCGGCCGCUGGCGCCGGUGCUACGCUCCGCCGCAGCUGAGCAGCGCCGUCUGCUGCUAGCCUGGAGCUCCGACGUCAACUCGCGCCAGGACCUCUACGAGCUGCGCUACCGGCGCCGCGGGACUGAGGAACCCUACGCUACGCUGGUGACGACCGACACGAACGCGACUCUCGAAGACCUGUACCCGGGAGCCGUCUACGAGAUCCAGCUGGUCGCCAUCAGCCACGGGCUGCGGAGCGAGCGGCACACCGUGCUGAAGCCAGUCCGGCCGCUGCCGGCCGAGUGGGUGGCCGUGGAGCGCGCGUCGUCCAACGCGGUGACGGUGCGCUGGCGCGGGCCGCGCUCGGGCGCCGUGGGCUCGUUCGUGCUGCGCUACCGCGCCGGGGGCGACUGGCGCCGCCUGGAGCCGCUGCCGCCCGGCACCGACGCCGCCGAGAUCGGCAACAUGACGCACGGCGAGCACUACGAGAUCCAGCUCGACACGGCCAGCGAGGACGCGGCCGGCGAGACCGUCGAGAGCGGCCGCCCGCUGGCCGCCGAGCACACCGUGCGCCCCAACCCCGUGUCCAACGUGGCGCAGCUGGCCGACACGCGCAACGUGACGCUGGAGUGGCCGCGCCCGGAGGGCCGCGUGGAGCGCUACGAGGUGCGCUGGCGCGAGGAGGAGGGCGCGGGCGCGGGCGGCGCGCGCAACGUGAGCGCGGAGGGCGCGGGCCGCACGGUGCGCGCGCUGCUGGACGCGCUGGCGCCGGGCCGCGCCUACGCCGUGGCCAUCACCGCGCACGCGCACGGGCUCGCCAGCGACGUGUUCCGCAUGCACACGCGCACGCGACCCUUGAUCGAAUCCGACAUGACCAUCGGGAACGAGCCCGACGACGGUGAGGGCAACGACACGCUGCCCGCCAUCCGGGUGCUGUACACGCUGACGCCGCUGUCGGUGAGCCAGUUCGACGCGUACCGCUUCCGGCUGGAGAGCGGCGCGGGCGCGGCGCGCUGGCUGGAGCGGCCCGCCGCGCCCGCGCCCGGCGCCGUGCGCCAGCUCGUGUUCCGCGACCUCACGCCCGGCCGCCUCUACAACCUCACCAUGUGGACCGUCUCGCACAACGUCACCUCGCACCCCGUGCAGCGCCAGGCCCGCCUCCAGCCGCGGCCGAUCACGAUGCUGAAUGCGACGUCGAUCGGCGCACGCGAGAUUUCGAUGGCGUGGCCGAAGCCCGCCGGCGACUACACGGACUUCGAGGUGCAGUUUCUGGCGGGUGCCGACCGCCUGGAGACUCGCACCACCGACCGCCUCUCGAUCACGCUCACCGACCUGCACCCGUACACGCUCUACAACUUUACCGUAGUGGUGCGGUCGGGCACCCCGGCCACGAUCCAGACGCGCUCCGGCCCGUACUCCGAGGCGUUCCGCACGCUUGAGGCGCCGCCCGCCGCGCCGGCGCGCUUCCAGCUCAGCGACGCCACGCCCACCGAGCUGGCGUUCGAGUGGACGCUGCCGGAGCGCGACGCGCACGGCGUGCUCACGCGCUUCCGCAUCGACUACGCGCCCACCGCAGACCCGGCCGCCGCGCGUUUCGUGGAGUUCCCGCCGGACGCGAGAGCCGGGCGCGUGUCGGGGCUGGCGGCGGGCGGCGAGUACGAGUUCCGCCUGCGCGCGGAGAACGGCGCGGGCGCGGGCGCCGCGGCACGCCUGCGGCAGCGCAUGGCCAUCGCGGCGCCGCCGCGGCCCACGGCGCAGCCGGCCGAGGUGCGGCGCGCGUCGUCCACGGUGACGGUGCGCUUCCGCGCCGACUACUUCUCGCCGGCCAACGGGAACGUGACGGCCUACACGCUGGUGCUGGCGGAGGAGCCGCGCGCCGACACGCCGGCGAGCCUGCCGUCGUGGCGCGACGUGCACCGCCUGCCCGUGUGGCCGCCCUACCAGGUGACGGAGCCGUACUACCCGUUCCACUCGUCGGCCGUGGAGGAGUUCACGAUCGGCUCGGAGCGCUGCGAGGGCGGCGGCCGCGCCUACUGCAACGGGCCGCUGAAGCCGGGCUCGCGCUACUACGUCAAGCUGCGCGCCUUCACCGCGCCCGACAAGUUCACGGACACCGCCUACACCGUCGUCUACACGGAGGCGGACAACACGGGCUGGAUCGCGGGCGGCGCGGUGGCGGGCGCGCUGCUGGCGGCGCUGCUGGGCGCCGCGCUGCUGCUGCGCCGGCGCCGCGCGCGCGCCGCGCCCGCCGCGCCCGCGCCGCUGCCCGCCUCGCGCCCCGUGCGCGUGGCGGACUUCCUCGACCACUACCGCCUCAUGUCCGCCGACUCCGACUUCAGGUUCAGCGAGGAGUUCGAGGAGCUGAAGCACGUGGGCCGCGAGCAGUCGUGCGCGGCGGCCGACCUGCCGUGCAACCGGCCCAAGAAUCGCUUCACGAACAUCUUGCCGUACGACCACUCGCGCUACAAGCUGCAGCCCGUGGACGACGAGGAGGGCUCCGACUACAUCAACGCCAACUACGUGCCCGGCCACAACUCGCCGCGCGAGUUCAUCGUGACGCAGGGCCCGCUGCACUGCACGCGCGACGACUUCUGGCGCAUGUGCUGGGAGUCCGGCUCGCGCGCCAUCGUCAUGCUGACGCGCUGCGUCGAGAAGGGCCGCGAGAAGUGCGACCGCUACUGGCCGUACGACACGCGGCCCGUGUACUACGGCGACAUCGCCGUCACCGUGCUCAACGAGAGCCGCUACCCCGACUGGACCGUCACCGAGCUGGCCGUGUGCCGCGGCGCCGAGCAGCGCGUGCUGCGCCACUUCCACUUCACCACGUGGCCCGACUUCGGCGUGCCCGACCCGCCCACCGCGCUGGCCAGGUUCGUGCGCGCCUUCCGCGAGCGCUGCCCGCCCGACUCGCGGCCCGUCAUCGUGCACUGCAGCGCGGGCGUGGGCCGCUCGGGCACGUUCAUCACGCUGGACCGCGCGCUGCAGCAGCUGGCGGCGCACGCCGAGUACCUCGACAUCUUCGGCAUGGUGCACGCCAUGCGGCGCGAGCGCGUCUGGAUGGUGCAGACGGAGCAGCAGUACAUCUGCAUCCACCAGUGCGUGGUGGCGGCGCUGGAGGGCGCCGACCUGGCGCCGCCGCAGCCCAACAACCACCACCACAACGCCGCGUUCGAAGACGACGAGGGCAUCGCGGAGUCGGGCAUGUGA